UUGAUCAUAUACACACUGCUCAGCCCGUUCUUGGACUGGCACUUGCAAAGGGAGGCCCAUGUGGUGCAUUAAUCAGCGGGCCACAAACUCUAGCACUUUAGAAAGCUUUCACUUAAAAAUUGGGGCGUGAAUGUUUUCAAAGGCCAUUUUUCCAAAAUGUUAUUAGAAGCAAAGGACGGCGAAGAGACGGUCGUCUUUAAAGCGUCUGCCGCAUCUGUUCAGGUUCAGGUGGAACAGGUUGGUCGAUGGUUUGAAGCGUACGUGAGGAGGAGAAACAGGAAUGUGUCUGCCUCAUUUCAAGAGCUGGAGGAAGAGGAGGUGUCCUCAGAGGAGUCGGAGGAUGAGGAGUUUCAGCUCGAGGAGCACCCUGUGCUUCGAACGCUCGACCCUAAGGACUGGAAGAAUCAAGAUCACUAUGCUGUACUCGGGCUCCCACACUUGAGAUACAAAGCAACACAGAAACAGAUCAAAGCCGCCCAUAAAGCAAUCGUGCUGAAGCACCAUCCUGACAAAAGAAAAGCUGCAGGAGAGCAAAUUGUCGAAGGAGACAACGACUACUUCACAUGUAUAACUAAAGCUAUAGAAAUCCUGUCUGACCCUGUAAAGAGGAGAGCCUUUGACAGCGUAGAUCCGACCUUUGACAACACAGUGCCUACCAAGGGUGAAGGCAAGGAGAAUUUUUUCGAAGUGUUUUCUCCCGUUUUUGAGAGAAACGCCAGAUGGUCUUCCAAAAAGCACGUGCCCAAACUAGGAACCUUGGAGUCGUCUUUUGAAGAGGUGGACAGUUUUUACUCUUUUUGGUACAACUUUGACUCAUGGAGGGAAUUUUCAUAUCUGGAUGAAGAGGAAAAGGAAAAAGCUGAAUGUCGGGAUGAAAGAAGAUGGAUUGAAAAGCAAAACCGAGCUUCCAGAGCUCAGAGGAAGAAGGAGGAGAUGAACAGAAUACGCACACUAGUUGAUACGGCCUACAGCUGCGACCCUAGAAUAAAGAAAUUCAAAGAAGAAGAGAAAGCAAGGAAAGAGUCUGAGAAGAAAGCCAAAGCUGAAGCUAAGAAGAGGGAGCAGGAGGAGAAGGAGAAAGCACGACAAGCAGAGCUGGAGGAGGCACGUUUGGCAAAGGAGAAAGAGGAAGAGGAGGCCAGGCAGGCAGCCCAGCAGGCAAAGAAAGAAAAGGAUAUCCAGAAGAAGGCCAUUAAGAAGGAGAGGCAGAAACUCAGAACCACCUGCAAGAAAUGGAAUUACUUUGCCAACAAUGAAGCUGACAGUGUGAAAAUGAUGGAAGAGGUGGAGAAACUCUGCGACCGCCUGGAACUGACAAGUCUGCAGUCCCUGAAUGAAAUCCUGGCCUCAGGCUCUGAAGAGGAGAGCAAAGCAGCAGUCGAGCAGCAGGUGCUGGAGGUGAACGCCCAGCUGCAGAAGGAGAAGGAAGCUGAGGUCCAAGCCAGGCAGGCGGCUCGCAGCGCCGAGCAGGCCAGCGGAGGAGGAGGUGGCGGGGGGAAGGGCUGGAGUGAGGACGACCUGCAGCUGCUCAUCAAAGCAGUCAACCUGUUUCCUGCUGGAACCAACGCCAGAUGGGAAGUUAUUGCCAAUUACAUGAACUUGCACUCCAUCAGCGGCUUGAAGAGGACCGCAAAAGAUGUCAUCAACAAAGCCAAGAAUCUACAAAGACUUGAUCCCCUACAGAAAGAUGAGAUUAACAGAAAAGCCUUUGAGAAGUUCAAGAAGGAACACACUUCAGUGCCGCCCUCCAUAGACAACGCAAUGCCCUCAGAGCGAUUUGAUGCUUCUGGUAAUGAAGCUGCUCCCUGGACCACAGAGGAACAGAAACUUCUGGAACAAGCCCUGAAAACCUACCCAGUCAGCACGCCCGAGAGGUGGGAGAAGAUAGCUGCUGCUGUCCCCGGACGAAGCAAGAAAGACUGUAUGAAGAGGUACAAGGAACUGGUGGAGAUGGUUAAAGCCAAGAAAGCUGCUCAGGAACAAGUGGCAGCCAAGAAAAAAUGACAGGAACUGCAAAUGAUAAUAGAAUCUGUUAUUUUAAUGUUAUUGUGUUCUUUAUUUUAUAAUAAAAAAAAUGAUAACUAGA